AUGCUGGGAAGCUCCAAGACAUGGAUCUGGACAGCCAUUGCUGCCGCGUCUGUGCCGUGCUCCUUUGCAACUCGGACCCCCUUGAACCUCGGGAGUGGUUUCGAUCUCACAGUCAACCAAAGCAGCAAUCACCUCGCGGUUUCUCGUGGAGAGCAGAUCAUCUGGCAGACCAUUGCCCACCAACCCUUUCUCAGUGCCAGCGCGGGUUCCGACCAAGUCAUCGGCUCGAGUGGUAACUCCAAGAUCAACGAGGUCGAUCGCAGCAAAUGCACGGGGCAGCACAUCAGUCGUGUCGCUCAAAAGACAUGGCCAAGCAGUACCAACAAGCAAGCGGCUGUGAUCCAAGGAUUCCUCACUGGAUGUGGGAACAGUUCAGCUGCGUUUUCUCUUGCGCUUUGGGUGCCUACCGAAUUUCCGGACCGCAUCGCUUUUCACAUCGACGUGAACCCGAGCAGUUCCUCAAAGGACCCCGAGACAAAGCUGUUCUUGACCUACCGCUCCUCCUCUUCAGAAGACAUCUACGGUCUGGGUGGCCAGGCAUCGUUUGCAUCAUUGAAAAACCAAUCGGUGCCUAUCUUCUCGCGGGAACAAGGAGUUGGUCGUGGGGAUCAGCCCACCGCAGACCUUGAAAGCGAAGAUAGCUUCUUCGCUGGAGGCGAUCAAUUCACCACAUAUACUGCAGUGCCGCAGUACAUUUCGUCACACUCGAGGGUGUUUCACCUGACCGAGGAAAGCACUGCAUACACGAACUUUGAUUUCCGUGAUCUGAAUGCGGUCACCGUUCGAUAUGCUGCACUGGAAGUCGAUGGCUACUUCAUGCAAGCAAGCAAUAUGCUGAACGGCAUAACGAUGCUUACAGAAUAUACCGGUAGGAUGCCGGAGCUUCCUACUUGGGUUGAUUCUGGUGCCGUCCUUGGAAUCCAGGGUGGCCAGAUAAAGGUCAACCAGAUUGUCGAGCAAGGACUCCGGCAAGACUGUCCCGUCGCUGCCGUCUGGCUUCAAGAUUGGUCUGGAACUCAUUCCCAGAGUGUGUCCUAUAUGAGUCUUAACAUCUCUCGUCUGUGGUGGAACUGGGAGUACGAUUCGGAGCUUUACCCAUCUUGGCCGAAAUUUGUGCAGAACCUGCGCAACCAGCAUAAUGUUCGCACUCUGUCCUAUAUCAACCCAUUCCUGGCAAACGUGAGUACGAAGCCGGAUGGAUUCCGACGUGAUCUCUUCUCAGAGGCCACAAAGGGUAGCUUUAUGAUUCGAAACUCGACUACGAAUGACACCUCAAUUGUUUCCAGCGGUCCGGGUAUCGAGGCAGGCAUUCUCGACCUGACGAACCCCGCAGCACGCACCUGGUUCCGCGAUGUUCUCAUCGAUCAAGUCUGGAGCGCAAAUGUCUCUGGUUAUAUGGGUGACUUUGGUGAAUACACCCCUGUGCUCUCCGACACCCACUUUGCCAAUCGCAGCGUCGACCCUUUGUUCUACCAUAAUCAAUAUCCUCGGGACUGGGCCAAGCUGCACCAUUCUCUAACAAAGAGUGUCUCGAGCUUCUCCGAUGCUAUCAUCUUCCAUCGCUCGUCGUCAAUGGCUGCUAACCGCUACAUGAAUGUUUACUGGGCCGGUGAUCAGAACACCAACUGGGGUGUGAACGAUGGCAUCAAAUCCUCCGUGACGGUCAUGGGUCAUAUGGGUUUGUCUGGCUAUGCCCAUGGACAUACCGAGGUUGGCGGGUAUACCACAACCUGGGAUAGCAAUGGAAUCGUCAAUCGUUCUGCGGAGUUGCUGGGCCGCUGGGGGGAGCUGUCGGCCGUGUCCAGUGCUGUCUUCCGCUCUCACGAGGGAAAUGUGCCCCAAGUCAAUGCCCAGUUCUACACGAACUCGUCCACAUACUCCUACCAUGCGUACAAUGCGCGGAUGUAUGCCAGUCUGGCAACCUACCGUCGCCACAUUCUGGACACAGAAAGCAAGCACCUGGGAUGGCCUUUGCUGAGAAUGCCUGUCAUCUACCAUCCAGAUGAUGCGAAAGCAAAGGCUAUCAGCUAUGAAAGCUUCUUCUUGGGAGCUGACUUAUAUGUCGCACCCGUUCUCGAUCCAGGCCGCAAGAGCGUUGAUGUCUAUCUGCCAGGCACGGAUGAGGUGUACACUCAUGUUUGGACCGGAAGAAAUUACCACGGUGGUCAGAAGAUCAUGGUUCCAGCACCUUACGGCAAGCCUGCGGUAUUCGUUGUGGGAAGGCCGAAGCAUGAUUACUUGAAGAGCUUCUUUGAAUUCGCCCGGAAGGAGAACGGGACUGUCAUCCGCGUCUAA